UAAACACGUUUGUUAAUCUUAUCACCUAGAAAUGGAGACCCUACCUGGAGUGGCUCCACAGGAGCAGCAAAACACAUACUUCUAUGUUGGACAGCAUGAGACCAAGAGAACUGUUCCUGUCACUACCGAGUUGGGCAACCAGGCGCAGGAUGCUGGCUACGACAUGAUGACCAGACCUAUCACCUCUCCGGGAUUUCAGGCCCGAGUUCUUGCAUUAGUGGAUGCCUGCUUCGAUGCCGUCUCUUCAUCUUCGAACGCAGACGCUGUGCCUUACCCUCUGGUUGCACCUCUCACUCCUGAUGAUACUAACCUAGUUCCGGACGAGUACAUUUCUACCAUGAUCUGCUGUACGAGCCCUUGGAUCGACCUUGCUUCUCCGGACCCAGUGAUUGCACACGUCUCGCGCCAGGUCUUCAAUCAUGAAGUUGCUUAUGCCGCUUUCUGCGGUGUCAACAACAUCAUGAUUCAAGGACCUGGCUUGGAGGCCUCUUCUGUGAUCAGCCAAUAUGCUAGGGCUAUCUGGCACUCUCUUGAGGUCGGACCCUACAUCAAUCUGCAAAUUCUGCUUCCUAUGCAGCCUCGCGAGGACAGCGCAGCCCAGAAUGGAUUGAGCCUUGCUGGUCGUGCUAGAAACUCAUUCAAGACUCUUCAGUCAAUCUCGACGGAUGCUCUCUGGUCGUGGGACACUUGGGAAUUGAUCAGAUCGACCUGCAAAUACCACCCUAGACUGACUGUCGCUCUCGAGAUUCCUCAGAAGCUGCCCUCUUCGGCAAUCCAGUCUCGCUGGUUCUCCGAGCCUCUCCGCACUUUGAUCAUCCCCGAGUCAACCUUUAUGAAGAACGCAAAGGGAUUCCCAGUGUUGAGCAAGCCCGUCCAGUCUUUGCUCACUCGCUACAUGCGCCUCAAGACUGUCCCAUGGAUCAUUCUCAGCGAUGUCGGUCCUAUUCCUGGCCAAGACCACCCUGGAAUGCCCGUCAACUUGCCCGACAGAUCUGCUUCUCCUGAGCUCCCCACGCCUGCUCAGUCCAAGCGCAAGCAACAAGUGCAAAAGCCCAAGGAUCUGACUCCUUACUUGAGCUACAUCCGUCACCUCCAACGCACUCAGCCUCCCCGUCCCAUCAUCGACCGCUUCGCCGCUGGAUACCAAGACUUCUUGCAAUCACCUCUACAGCCCUUGACCGACAACCUCGAGUCUAUUACCUACGAAGUCUUUGAGAAGGAUCCUAUCAAGUACGAAUGGUACGAGCGUGCCGUUGCUGCCGCCCUGAAGGACCUCCACAAGAAGCUUCAACGUCCUGUUGUCGUCGCUGUUGUUGGCUCAGGCCGUGGGCCCUUGGUAACCCGCUGCCUAAAGGCUAGUGCCAGCACCGGCAUUCCUGUCAAGCAAUGGGCCAUCGAAAAGAACCCUAACGCUUACGUCCUCCUCCAACGCCGCAACGCCACCGACCCCCUCUGGAACAAGCGCGUCACAGUCGUCAAGACGGAUAUGCGCGCCUGGGCUGGCCCCAUCAUCGACGGCCAACCCGGCAAAGUCGACAUUCUCGUCUCCGAACUCCUCGGUAGUUUCGCAGACAACGAGCUCAGUCCUGAAUGUCUGGAUGGCGUUCAACAUGUCUUGCACCCUGAACACGGUGUCAGUGUACCCACCUCCUACACCGCUCACUUCACACCCAUCGCCCACCCUCGCAUCUACGCCGAUUUGCUGUCUCGCACCGAUGAUCAGAAGUGGGAGUUGCCUUAUGUGACAAUGUUGCACCAAUACGACAACCUCUGCCUCCAACCCCUCGAUAGCAAAAUCACCACUGGCGACAAGACCGCCGACAACCAAAUCCCUGAUAUCCAAACAGCUUGGGAAUUCGUGCAUCCUUUGCCCACACCAAUUAUCGCUCAAUCCACACUCCGUCGCGGUGGCAGUGUGCAAGCGGGUGGUAGCGGUAUGGUCGGUGGAGACGGUUGGAACGAACACAACUCUCGCUUCUGCCAUCUUCGCUUCACCGCUUCUAGCCGUGGUGUCUGCCAUGGUCUGGGAGGAUACUUUGAAACCGUGCUUUACUCCCCAGCAGAUGGAAGCAAGAAGAUCGAAUUGAGCAUCAACCCCAACACCAUGGAAGACAAGAGCAAAGAUAUGAUUUCUUGGUUCCCCAUUUUCUUCCCUUUGAAGACACCCCUCUACAUCCCCACCGCCUCCGAAAUCGAAGUUUCCAUGUGGCGUCAAACCGACGAUCGUAAAGUGUGGUAUGAAUGGCAAGUCGAAGUCUUUGUCACUCUUCCCGGUGGAAAUCGUCAACGUAUCGCGGCUUCGGAGUUGCAUUCGUCUAUUAAGAAUGGUUGUUUGAUGUAGGAGGUAUAGCAAUGAGAUGUGCAGUCUAGUAGGUGGGGAGGGCGUUGAUGGAGAUUUGAAUCGUGCAUUAUUAGGGAGUUAGAAAGAAAAGUGUUCAUUGUUUAAGCAUGUCUGUGUGAAGUUGAGCAGUACAAGUGUUUUGAUGGGGUGUGAGAAUGCAGGAGCCAAU